UCUCUGUUCACUCACUUUUGCCGUUAUUUCAACGCUCAUCAUCGUUCAAGCUUUCUUUCUCCUCCAUCGUUCUUCUCUUCAAGAGGAUUUCCUAUACGAAGAGAGCAAAAGAAGAUGAAGGCAAGUGACUCAUCCUCUAGCAAACCUAACUUUGACAGUGACCAAUUUCACUCUAAGAAGUGUGAAGAGAUGCAACUAUGAAUAAACGAGGUAUACUCUCGCAGGCGAGGCCAACUUUGAGGCAUCUUAGGGCUCAAAACCAAAAGCCAGAUUCAGAUGAGCAAAAAUGGGAUUGUAUUCUCCAUGAUAUGGAAGUCUUAUGUAGAAUGAUGCAAAUUUGUAUGGAGGAUAAUCAGAGAAUAGAAGACGUCAUGAGAGAUUUGUGGGAAGACCUCAACCUCAAUGUCAUGCCCCCGAGGAAAAGGACAGCCGAGGAAGUUGCUCAGUUUGUGGAUUGGAGACCUUUUGGAAGGCAUCUUGUAGCACUGGAAGAGGGGAGUCAAGAAGAUGAUUCAGAAGAGGAAGAUGAAGAUGAAAGUGAAGAAGACAGUGGAGAAUACGAAGGGUAUGAGAUGAAAAAGGCUGUUAUUCUCCAUAACAAGGGAGCCCUAUCAAGAAUGCAUCAAGUGUAUACGGAGAAUAGACAGAGAAUGAAAGACAUCGCAAGACAGAUGUACGAAGGUCUCAGACGCAAUGACCCGCCCAUAACUGACUUGAAAGAUGAGGAAAUUGCUUGGAUGGUGAAUUGGGCGGAGACCUUUUGGAAGACAUGCUUCAAUACCUAAAAAAUAAGGGAACCAAAAAGAUGACCAUGUAGACUAGAUGACUUGGAUUAUAAGCCACUUUUAUUUGAUUUUGCAUUUUAAGUUUUAACUCUUUGCUUGGUUAUGCUUAUUAUUUUUUUUUAAGAAUGUUGAUUAGGAUCUAAUGUAGG